AUGGCCUCGUCGCGAAUCAUGGCUCUAGCAAUGCUCAUCAUUUCGAGCUUCUUCUUCCUCUCUACCCAUACCCAAGCUUCCUCAGAUAGCUUCCUCCAGUGCCUCUCGGCGUCCAUACCAAACCAGAUCGUCUUCACCCGGAGCUCCCCAUCGUUCGCGUCCGUCCUGGCGUCGUCCGUCCGGAACCCGCGGUUCCUUACUGCGGCCACGGUGAAGCCGCUCUGCAUCGUCACGGCGACGAACGCGUCCCACGUCCAGGCAACCGUCGUCUGCGGCCGCACGCACGGCGUGCGCCUCCGCGUGCGCAGCGGCGGGCAUGACUACGAGGGCCUAUCGUACAGGUCCGUGCGCGCCGAUGCGACCCCGUUUGCUGUGGUCGACCUCGCCGGCUUCCGGUCCGUGCGCGUCACCCGGGGAACCCCGGCCACCGCGUGGGUGGACUCCGGCGCGACGCUCGGGGAGCUGUACUACGCCAUCGGGAAGGUGAGCGACCGUCUCGCGUUCCCGGCGGGCCUGUGCCCGACGGUGGGCGUCGGCGGCCACCUCAGUGGCGGCGGCUUCGGCAUGCUCCUGCGUAGGCAUGGACUCGCCGCCGACCACGUCGUGGACGCCUUGCUGGUCAACGCCGAGGGCCGGCUCCUGAACAGCACCACCAUGGGGCGCGACGUCUUCUGGGCCAUCCGCGGCGGAGCUGGCGGCGGGAGCUUCGGGAUCGUGCUGUCGUGGCGGGUGAAUCUCGUGGCCGUUCCGUCGAAGGUCACGGUGUUCAACAUCCCCAAAUCCGUCCAGCAGGGCGCCAUCGACAUCGUCACCAAGUGGCAAGAGGUGGCACCGGCUCUCCCCGACGAGCUGCUCGUGAGGGUGGUCGCUCAGGGACAGGUGGCCAACUUCCAGUCCCUGUACCUGGGCACAUGCGACGCGCUGCUGCCGGUGAUGAGCAGCCGUUUCCCGGAACUCGGUGUUGAUCGGAACCACUGCAAGGAGAUGAACUGGCUCCAGUCGGUGGCCAACAUCUUCCUCGGCGACGGCGCCACCGUGGAGGACCUCCUGAAGCGGACCGCUUCCGGGGACGCCGUCUUCAACAAGGCCACGUCCGACUACGUCCGACAAGCCAUCCCCAGGGACAUAUGGGCGCAGAUCUUCACCAGCUGGCUCGCGAGGCCAACGGCCGGGCUGAUGAUCCUGGACCCCUACGGCGGCAAGAUCGCCAGCGUCUCGGAAUCGGAGACGCCGUUCCCGCACCGCGCAGGCGUGUUGUACAACGUCCAAUACAUGAACUUCUGGGGAAGCGCCGGCGAGGAGGCGGCGCGGACGGGAUGGGUCAGGGACUUGUACACGUUCAUGGCGCCGCACGUGAGCAAGAACCCGAGAGAGGCGUACGUUAACUACAAGGACCUUUCGCUUGGCGAGAACAUGGUCGGCGGCGGCAACGUCACGAGCUUCGAGGCCGGCAGGGUGUGGGGCGAGAAGUACUACAAGGGCAACUUCAGGAGGCUGGCAAUGGCGAAGGCUCAGAUAGAUCCCAACGACUACUUCAGGAACGAGCAGAGUAUCCCGCCACUUGGUAACCAGAUCAUCUUGACAAAUGUGGCACGCGUAGACCAUGCUGCUUGA